UCUCAAGAAGUGAAACUCAAGACAGUCGCUGUUAUUGACAGGAGAAAUGGCGCAGCGAGGAAACCAACUGGACCGAGAGAGAUUCUGCUGUUCCAUCUGUCUGGAACUACUGAAGGAUCCGGUGACUACUUCCUGUGGACAUAGCUACUGCAUGACGUGUAUUAAGAGCCACUGGGACACAGAGGAUGAGAAGAGAGCCUACAGCUGCCCUCAGUGCAGACAGGACUUCACACCGAGGCCUGUCCUGGUGAAAAGCACCAUGUUAGCAGAUUUACUGGAGGAGCUGAAGAAGACUGGACUCCAAGCUGCUCCUGCUGAUCACUGCUAUGCUGGACCGGACGAUGUGGCCUGUGAUGUCUGCACCGGGAGGAAAUGGAAAGCCCAAAAGUCCUGCCUGGUCUGUAUGAUCUCAUUUUGUGAGAAACAUCUCCAGUCUCAUUAUGAUUCACCUGCUUAUGCAAAACACAAGCUGGUGGAGCCCUCCAAGAAGCUCCAGGAGAACGUCUGCUCUCGUCAUGAUGAGGUGAUGAAGAUGUUCUGCCGCACUGAUCAGCAGUCUAUCUGUUACCUCUGCUCUGUGGAUGAACACAAAGGUCACGACACAGUCUCAGCUGCAGCAGAAAGGAGCGAGAAGCAGAGAGAGCUCGAGGUGAGUCGACAAAACAUCCAGCAGAGAAUCCAGGACAGAGAGAAAGAUGUGAAGCUGCUCCAACAGGAGGUGGAGGCGAUAAACGGCUCCGCUGAUAAAACAGUGGGGAACAGUGAGAAGAUGUUCACCGAGCUGAUCCGUCUCAUGGAGAAAAGACGCUCUGAUGUGAAGCAGCAGGUCAGAUCCCAGCAGCAAACUGAAGUGAGUCGAGUCAGAGAGCUUCAGGAGAAGCUGGAGCAGGAGAUCACUGAGCUGAAGAGGAGAGACGCUGAGAUGAAGAAGCUGUCACACACACAGGACCACAACCAGUUUCUACACGACUACCCCUCACUGUCACCACUCAGUGAAUCUACACAUUCAUCCAGCAUCAAGAUCCGUCCUCUGAGGUUCUUUGAGGACGUGACAGCGGCUGUGUCAGAAGUCAGAGAUAAACUACAGGACGUCCUGAGAGAGAAAUGCACAAACAUCACACAGACAGUGACUGAAGUGGACGUUUUACUGCCAGAGCCACAGCCCAAGACCAGAGCUGAGUUCUUAAAGUAUUCACGUCACAUCACACUGGAUCCAAACACAGCACACACAAAGCUGAUAUUAUCUGAUGGGAACAGAAAAGUAAAAGUAAGGUGGGAAAACCAGUCCUAUUCUAGUCACCCAGACAGAUUCACUGGUUGGUGUUGUCAGGUCCUGAGUAAAGAGAGUCUGACUGGACGUUGUUACUGGGAGGUGAGGAGGGGAGGAGGAGUUUCUGUAGCAGUCUCAUACAAGAAUAUCAGCAGAGCAGGGAUCUCGGAUGAAUGUGUGUUUGGACACAAUGACAAAUCUUGGUCGUUAGAAUGUGACGACAGUUAUAACUAUGUUUACAACAGUGUCUUCACUCCUGUCUCAGGUCCUCAGUCCUCCAGAGUAGGAGUGUACCUGGAUCACAGAGCAGGUAUUCUGUCCUUCUACAGCAUCACAAAAACCAUGACUCUCCUCCACAGAGUCCAGACCACAUUCACUCAGCCUCUACAUGCUGGAUUCGGGUUUUAUGGUUGUGUUGGACACACAGCUGAGUUGUGUGAACUGAAAUAGACAGAAGUCAAUUUAGGGACAGUGGGUCCACUUCGGCUUCAUCUCUUCAUCUUAUUUAGUUUUCAUGUUUAUAGCUAAGAGCUCAUUGCUGUCCCUCACUGCACACAGAUCACCUGUCAAUCAAACAUUAAGGGGCGGUGCUUUGAUGUCUGAAUAUCUGUUGUGGCUUUUUGAGUUGUUUGGCGCUCCGUCCUGUGUCUCUUUAGUCGUGGAGGUUAUCGCUGCUCAUGAUGAUGUUUGUUCACCUGAACUGACCUGAACAUGUAAACUUGUAUGCUCACAGUGUUGGUUGGAUAUUUCAAUCCAAUCAGAUCAAAGAGUAGUAUGAAGACAUUUGUUCAUGUUUUACAGGAUGACAGAAGAGAUUUGAUAUUCAUGAAAAUACUACAAAUGAUUUUCCUGCCAUAUUUAAUCAUGAGAAGGGAUUUCAAACCAACACAGACAAAUCCAAAGAAGAAAUGUCAGCGUGUCAGAGGGUUCAACUUGUGAUAAAGACACUGUGUGCAUUUCAAAACAUGGACACAAACAAAUGUCAAAGUGAGCUGUAAGCAUCACUGAGUAUGGAAUUUUUUUAUUUUUUAUUCAAGCGGCAGAUGAAGAAGGGAACAACGCUUUAGUCUCUAUUUUCAGUCACAUUUAAUCCCUCUGUGUCAUUGAUUUGGACUAAUAUAGUUCCAACAGAGUUUAAACUACACGACUUCUCGUCUUAUUCAAUAUAUUUUUUUCUCAGCACUUUGUGUAUAGAAAUCUAUGACCACGUUGACUUUGAUUUGUUUGUCACACCGAAUUUUGUUUGGGUUCUAAUAAAGUACUAAGAG